GUUGAACCAGAGUAGAUUUGGGGAUCAUUCUACCCAAAGGACAACAAACCCUUGCCAGUGAAAUGCUAUGUCUCCAGCUUUUCCUGGAAUAACCUCAAAGCUGAGGGGAUGAACUGGUCCUCAUACCGAGAACUCUUGAGUGGCGUGAACAAGUACUCCACAAUUUUGGGUCGUGUGUGGCUGACUGUGGUCUUCAUCUUCCGUUUGCUUGUCUACGUGGUGGCAGCUGAAGACGUCUGGUCUGACGACCAACAGGACUUUGUGUGUAACACAGGUCAACUUGGCUGCACCAAGAGCUGCUACAACCAGUUCUUCCCUAUCUCUCACAUCCGUCUCUGGGCCCUCCAGCUUAUCCUUGUGACCUGCCCUUCUCUUCUCGUUCUCCUGCAUGUGGCCUAUCAGGAAGCCCAGCAACAGAAGCACACUGAGGAAGCAGGAAAACACUGCCAUUUGCUCUACUCCAACUUCAGUAAGAAUCAUGGAGGUCUCUGGUGGACCUACCUCCUCAGCAUCCUCAUCAAAGUGGCCGUAGAUCUCACCUUCCUCUACAUCUUUCACUGCCUCUACCCAAACUUCAACCUUCCAAAAAUGGUGACUUGUGCUGCAUUCCCCUGUCCUAAUGUAGUCACCUGCUUCCUUGCCAAGACAACAGAAAAGAAUAUCUUCUCGUAUUUCAUGGCAGCUACUGCCAUGCUCUGUGUCCUUCUCAAUAUCUGUGAGGUGGGCUAUGUAGUAGUCAAGAAAUGCACCAAGCUUGCAGUCUCCAAGAAGCCAAAGGACAUUUUUGAAAUGGACUCUCACAUCUCCUUUUAGUUAACCCAAGAUCCAUAAACACCAGGAGCAAAGCAAUUUGAAUCGAUAGGGCUCUCCUUGAUAUACAGAAAUAAAGCUGUAAGAUAGAAGAAAUGAAUUAAGAAGUAGACUAGGAAAAAAUAGCCCAGGUUUUGGCCAUGGUGGUUCUUGGGACUCGUUGUUCAAAAAUGUAAUAUUUAUAAACCUUGGAAGAAAGUAUUAGGGCACAAAUGGUUCACAUUGGUGCAAUUUGUUGGGGCAUGUAAAAACCAGUUGGUGAGUUUGUUAGCUGAAAAAUGCAAAGCACAAACCUAUUGGUUGGGUGUCGCUCAGAAGCUAGCUGAGCCUGGGAGUUUUGGCAACAGUUACAUGUUUAAGUUUUCUGUGCAGGAGCUCGCCAA